UUGAGAUUCCUCCCGGUGACGUGAGCGCGUCAACACGGGGAAACAGGAGGACAAACACGGACUGCUGCAGCACCCUGACGCCGGCGGAUCGGCUGUGUGUUGUUCGGCCUACGGUGACGGAUUAAACGGAUCGGUGUGAUCGAUCAUCGGGGCCGGUGAUCAGCCGGUGAGCGGAUCAAACGUCAGUUGGCGGUGUGCGGUUGGGCGGAGGAGAUGCGUUGCCUGGUGUGGCCUGUGGUUUAGGAUGUGCCUGUAGUCGACGCUGAGGGUAAAGCAGCCAUCAUGCCGUGUACGUGUGCAGAGUGGAGGAGGUGGAUUCGCCCGCUGGUUCUGGUUCUCUAUGCUCUUCUGCUGGUGGCCGUGCUGCCGCUCUGCAUCUGGGAGCUGCAGAAAGACAAGGUUGGGACUCACAGUAAAGCCUGGUUCAUAGCCGGCGUCUUUGUCUUUCUGACAAUCCCAAUUUCACUUUGGGGGAUUCUGCAGCAUAUGGUUCACUACACACAGCCUGAGCUGCAGAAACCAAUCAUCAGGAUACUAUGGAUGGUGCCAAUUUACAGUUUGGACAGUUGGCUGGCUCUGCGUUAUCCUAACCUGGCCAUCUACGUGGACACGUGCAGGGAGUGCUACGAGGCCUAUGUCAUCUACAACUUCCUGGUGUUCCUGCUGAACUUCCUCAGUAACCAGUACCCCAGCCUGGUGCUCAUGCUGGAGGUCCAACAGCAGCAGCCCCACCUGCCCCCGCUCUGCUGCUGCCCCCCAUGGCCCAUGGGAGAAGUGCUGCUGUUCAGGUGUAAGCUGGGAGUCCUCCAGUACACUGUGGUCAGACCAGUUACCACGGUGAUAGCAUUGAUCUGUCAGCUCUGUGGGGUUUAUGAUGAAGCCAAUUUCAGCUUCAAAAACGCCUGGUCAUACCUGGUCAUAAUUAACAACAUAUCACAGCUGUUUGCCAUGUACUGCCUGGUGUUGCUCUACCGAUCUCUCAGAGAAGAGCUGACUCCCAUCAGGCCUGUGGGCAAGUUCCUCUGCGUCAAACUGGUGGUGUUUGUCUCCUUCUGGCAAGCUGUGUUUAUAGCGUUCCUGGUGAAGGUCGGUGUGAUCUCGGACAAACACACCUGGGACUGGGACAGUGUGGAGGCCGUGGCCACUGGACUGCAGGACUUCAUCAUCUGCAUAGAAAUGUUCCUGGCUGCCAUUGCUCACCACUACACCUUCACCUACAAGCCCUACGUACAGGAAGCAGAGGAGGGAUCGUGUUUCGACAGCUUUCUGGCCAUGUGGGAUUUCUCUGACAUCAGAGCUGAUGUCACAGAGCAGGUUCGCCAUGUUGGUCGGACGUUUCUUGGUCGUCCCAACAAGAUGUAUUUUGGUUCGGCAGCCCGACCCGAACACACCGAGCACACCGGCCUCCUCACAGCAAGCUCCCAGGACCCCGUUGCCGUGGCAGCCACAUCAAUGCCCUCCUCCCCCUCCUCCAGUGGGCGGUACCAAGGCCUCGGCCACACCCCCGCCCCACACUCCAUCUCCGCUCCUGCGGGGUUCACCUCCUCGUCCUGGGAGGACGACAGCGAUGGCUCGCCUUCGCGGGCAGGUGACAUCCAUUAACAUGGUGACAUCACCAGGAGCACACAGCAAGGGGCGGGGCUAUUUCUCUUCAUUUACGUCCCUUGAUGUGCUUCAUGGCUGUGGACAAAGACACUCUCAGAUUCUGUAUUAAAGUCAGAAUAAAAAUAUAAACAUGAACUGAACUCUCAUCUUCAAAUUUGUGGAAAAGAAGCAAAGGAAGCAGAGAAGAGAAAGAGAUUACACUCUCUGAUGUCAAAGCCAUGUUUGUUGAGAAACUUUGGUAUUUUUAAAAUAAUUAUCGAGUUUUAAGUGUUUGAAAUCUGUAUUUUGAUGUCUAAUGAUGUCAUUUUGAUAAAUGUACCUCUAGCUGUUGAAAAGGAAGGAAGAGUUCGUGUUUUCAUCAGAAGGGGAAGCAGGUUGUUUGUUUUCUUGGUUUUACACUCCAACUGUGCUGAAGUGUCCUUGAGCUACUCUUGACUUGACUUUCUUCUGGUCCAGAAUAAAUCUACAUCUCAUCUGUCAUUAACAGGAA